AUGUUGGACCGCUUCCAUGCCGCGAUAAAGCUCUCCUCCCAAAGCAAAACAGCAGUUUCAGUCUGGAUCAAUGACGAUAUCCGCCCUCUCCCACCGUCUCGUCGCACUUGGUCGACCCUCACCUUUGUCGGGUGGUGGUCAGUCUGGCAGCUCAGUCUCACCAAUUGGCAGCUGGGCGCGGCGCUGGUGGCAUCCUCGUUAUCACUCCCCUACCUAACCACCAAUCUCAUUGAUCAGGGCGCAAUAGUCCCAACCGUGAUACGGAUCGGGCUCACGAUUGUCGGUUUCGCCUUUCAGUCGUACACUGGCGGACUUUGUGUGUCGGCGAUCCUGGCAGCCAUAUUCCCUUCCUUCCAUCAUAUGCAGAAUACCUUGCCAGAAUCAGCACACGUAACUACACAGCAGAUCAUUGGAUGGGCCCUCUUCAAUAUUAUUUCCAUUCCGAUGCUCUAUCGUCGACCUGAAAGAAGUGAAAAGGUGAUGAUCGCCAGCCAAAUGGAUUUUUCUCGAUUCGCCCGAAAACCCAGUGAUCAGGUCUUUGGGCAGUGGUUCACAUUUAUCAUAAUCGGAUCCAUCAUGCCGCUCUUUGGUUGCUUGACCUCCUCGGCGACGCAGGCUAUAUACGGCGAGCCUCUCUGGAACCCUCCCACGAUCCUGGCCAUGUGGCUACAGAGAGAUUAUAGUUCGACAUCUCGAGCGGCUGCCUUCUUCGCCGGGGUAGGGUUGGUCAGUUCUCAGCUAGCAUUGACUGUCGUUGAUAACGGAUAUUCCGUGGGGAUGGACCUAUCUGGUCUGCUGCCAAAAUACAUCAACAUCCGGCGUGGAUGCUACGUCGGACUUAUACUCGGGAUGGCACUUUGCCCAUGGGAGUUACUUGCUUCUGCAUCGACAUUUGUCAGCGUCAUCUCCUCGUUCUCAAUAUUCAUGGCUCCAUUUUGCGGAAUUCACAUAAGUGAUUACUGGAUUGUUCGUCAGCGACGCCUCAAGCUCUCGGAUCUCUAUCACUGCCAACCUGAUGGUAUUUAUUACUACACCCUGGGUGUUAAUUGGCGGAGUGUGGUUCCAUGGCUGGUGGGGUGGGUACCGCUGCUCCCAGGAUUCAUACACAGUAUAAAUCCCACUACCCAGAUGCCUAUAGGAGUCGAUCGACUGUAUGCGCUUGGCUUCCCGUACGGACUUUUAUCAUCCAUGGCGAUCCACACCCUUAUAAAUAAGGCAUUCCCGCCGCGCGGACUGGGAGAGAUUGACCAAAAUGAUAUAUUUGGCACAUUCACUGCAGCAGAAGCAGCCAAAUUAGGAAUAAAUGCGGCGAAUGCAGGCGGAGAUAGUGAUGGUACGUCGGUACGAGAGUCAAGUCUUGAGACCAGCGAAGUUGUGGCUGGAAAAGUUUAG